AUGGAGUCGGAAACCAAUUAUGAACCCCUCGAUGAGGAUUUAAGCGACACAGAGAAAGUUGGAAACCUGGAGUUUGGAGAUGAUGUUCUGUUACCGCCACUUGACGAGCAAUACGUUGCUGAUCAAACUGACGCAUCUGGUAGUGUGUAUAGUGCGAAGGAGGAUGAAACAGACCAAGACGAGGAUUCUUCCCUGAAAAGACGCACCGAGGAAGACUCAUCCCCGAGACUCUUCAAAAGACAGAAAGGAGUUCUCAACGCCGAAUACUUGGAUCUUCUCAAUAGAGACAUUGAAGAUGCAGCUCAGGGUGUCUGCUUUACCGACGAUAGCGAAGAAACCGUUCUGUAUCCAAGCCAAAUAGGCCUCACUUACUGGUCGAUACCGGAGAAGAAGCUCUUCUUCGAAGCGAUCGCUCGUCUUGGCCAGAGUGAUCUUCCAGGUAUUGCAUCCCGUAUAGGCACCAAGAGCGAGAUCGAGGUGAAUCAUUAUCUCGACGUGCUCCGAACAGCACGUCUCCUCAGACAACGACAAGUCAGACGCCCCGCCAUUGAAUUCCCAGAGAUCCCAGCCGCCGUAGAACUAAGUCAGCAAUGUUGCCACGCCUUAGACGAGGCUGCAGAUGCUAUUUCUGUGCGCCAGGAACGAAAGGAGGAACAGCGAGAGGAGAGCAAAUGGGAAGACUGCUGGGACAUCAACCCAAGGAUUGCUCGCCGAUUAGACAGGGGCGAAACCGUCGUUGAAGGCCAGGAUCUUCCUUUCUCCAAGUUUUUCAACUUGCAUACCUGGCUAAGCCUCUCUGAGCGUAUCUUCAUGAAUUCCUCCAUUCCUAGUGAGAACUGGAAUUCUAUCGAAAACAGGCCUCCCUCGAUGUGGGCCACUACGUUCGAAGACUUUCACUCUUUGGCAGUCUCAAUUACGAAACGAUUGGUUCAAACAACGAUAUUUCUCAGCGAGUCAAGAAUUAGGGCCAAAAAGGAACUCGUACCAACUACUCGCGAAAUUAUCAGAGCACAAGAUGUGGAAGCAGCUGUGUCGUCCCUGGGAUUGAACCAUAAUUCCCAUCAGUUUUGGAACCAAUGCGCACGAAGGCUACGACUUGAGGUCCACGAGGAGCCGCCCCAGCGUGAGGAGGAAGGAGAACGUGAACCUCUUAGCUAUGAAGAAGUGGAAACCCUUCUCUCCAACGGCGGCGAUGAGGCCGACCAGGCACUUGAAGCGCCAUCUGAUGUAGAAGAAACCGCCAACUCUUCUGGAAACGAGGCCCUAAGCUCUGAUUUCGAGGAACCCGUCUCACAUUCGAACGAAGAGGAGGCUGCUAUCGCACGGGAGGCCAAUGAAGUUUUGCUCUUCUCUGCCGCCGACUUCCCAGAAACGCAUCGGAAGAAAGAGACUCUCAAGAACCGCAUCGCAAGUGAGCGGCGACAGGAGCAAUAUGCUGAAGAACGCGACCAGUACGUCAGCUGGCAGGCUGAGACUGAGAUGUGGGAUCUACUACAGAAGAAACCUCUCACUGAAACACCCAGGAUACCAGAACCGGGCCCGUUGCAACGGUCAACUAUGGAUGUGGAAAGUAUCUUUCCCAUAGGAAGGGAAUGGAGAACCUCGGUAAAAUACCGCAGCGAGUGGGAAGGAGAAUAG